AUGUUCAGGAACAACUACGACAACGACUCAGUCACAUUCUCCCCGCAAGGGCGGAUAUUCCAGGUCGAAUAUGCGGCCGAGGCAGUAAAGCAGGGCUCCGUCGUGAACCCCAAACCAGCGCAACGCCGAAGAACUCUCGUCCUACCAAAAAAACUCUUCCCCAUCGACGAGCAUGUCGGAAUCGCUAUUGCAGGCCUCACAUCGGAUGCGCGUGUGCUCUCCAAUUUCAUGAAGCAGCAGUGCCUGGGCCACCGCCUGACCUACGGCCGCAGCAUGCCCGUGCGGACCCUGGUCGACCUGAUCGGGUCUAAGGCUCAGAUCAACACCCAGCACUACGGAAAGCGCCCCUACGGUGUGGGCUUGCUGAUCGCCGGCGUCGACGAGCACGGCCCGCACCUGUUCGAGUUCCAGCCGUCCGGCAUGACCGAGGAGAUGAUCGCCUUCGCCAUAGGCGCCCGCAGCCAGAUGGCCCGUACUUACUUGGAGAAGCACCUGGACAAGUUCGCCGACUGCAGCCGCGACGAGCUGAUUCGUCAUGGCCUACGCGCCCUUAAGGAGAGCUUGGUCCAGGACCGUGAGCUGACUAUCGACAACACCAGUGUCGGCGUGGUCGGCAUUAAGGAGCAAGGAGAGGACGGUGCUGCGGCAAAGAUUGAGCCAUUCCGGGUCUACGAUGGCCAGGAUGUGGCAGAGUGGAUAGAGAGCGUGUCUGACGAAAGGGGCGCCGAGGGCGAAGGCAUGGAGGUCGACUCAUAG